AUGACGACAGUUGCACCGUCUUAUCCCAUGGCGAGUCUGUACGUAGGAGAUCUCCAUCCUGAGGCUACAGAGGCAAUGCUUUACGACAAAUUUUCACAGGCUGGUCCUGUUCUUUCUAUUCGCGUUUGCCGCGACAUGAUCACACGCCGAUCGCUCGGCUACGCGUAUGUAAAUUUCCAGCGACCCGAAGACGCAGAACGCGCUAUCGACACAAUGAACUUUGAUGAGCUGAAAGGCAAGGCCAUCCGAAUUAUGUGGAGUCAACGAGAUCCCGCUCUACGUAAAUCUGGAGUUGGCAAUAUUUUCAUCAAAAACUUGGACAAAACCAUCGAUAACAAGAUGUUGUACGAUACCUUUUCUGCCUUCGGAAAUAUUCUCUCUUGCAAGGUGAACACAACUCUCACUGGCGAGUCGAAGGGAUAUGGCUUCGUUCACUUCGAAACUGAAGAAGCGGCCGUUAAAGCUAUUGAGAAGCUAAACGGUAUGCUUAUGAACGACAAGAAAGUCUUCGUCGGUCGAUUUAAAUCACGCGGCGAAAGAGUCCGAGAGUACGGCGAUCGAGCCAAGCAGUUUACCAAUGUGUUCAUCAAAAAUCUCCCUGCAGAGUGGGACGAUGAAAAGCUAACGCAGGUCUUUUCCGAACACGGAGCAGUGAUGUCAGUUGCACUUGCAACUGAUGAAAAUGGUAAAUCUAAACAAUUCGGCUUCGUUUCGUUUGAGACACACGAUUCCGCCGAGAAAGCAGUAGAGAAUCUGCAUGAUAAAGAAUUCGACGGCAAAAAACUGUACGUCGGACGAGCACAGAAAAAGGCAGAGCGUCAGGCUGAACUCAAAGUCAAAUUCGAGAAGUUGAAGCAAGAGCGCAACCAGCGAUACCAAGGCGUCAACCUUUACGUCAAAAACCUCGAUGACUCUAUCACUGAUGAUAUCCUGAGAGAGCAUUUCGCCCCUUACGGAAACAUCACCUCCGCAAAGAUCAUGACAGAUGCCGACGUCGAGGGACGAGGAAAACCAGCGGCCACCGCUGAAGGAAGCGAAGAAGGCAAAGAGGGUGUGAGAUCAAAGGGUUUCGGAUUUGUUUGCUUUACAAGCGCGGAAGAGGCCACCAAGGCAGUCACAGAGAUGAAUGGCCGUAUCAUCGCCUCAAAACCCCUUUAUGUUGCUUUGGCCCAGCGCAAGGACGAACGAAAGGCUCAUCUCCAACAACAAUAUAUGCAGCGUGUUACCACAGGCAUGCGUCUUCAGGCCUUCCCUACGAACCAGCCGCAGUAUGGCAAUCUUUACAUGCCUCCUCCAAUUCAACAACACCCCUUCCGCAUGUCGAUCAGGCCUACUCCCAGAUGGUCACAGCCUUCGCAGUACGGCCCAAUUGUUCGCGGUCAAAUGCCUGGUGGCCCCCGACCUCAGAACGGAGUUCGAGGAAUUACGCCCAUUGCAAGGUUUCCCGCGAACAACUUCCCCGCCCGGUCGGGUUCCCGACCCAACCAGAGCAUCAUUUACAAGCCCGGUGUUCGAAACCCACUGCCGACUCCAGCCGAGGCUCAAAUCGCAGCCGAGCCUGAGCGUCCUCAGACCAAUGAUGCCGAACAGCCACUCACUGCGACCAUCCUUGCCGCCGCUCCUCCACAGGAGCAAAAGCAAAUGCUUGGAGAACGUCUCUACCCAAGCAUAAGACUCCGUUUUAAAAAAUAUUUCCACGACCUUCCCGCGCCACUGAUAAGUCACUCGAUCUACCAAAGUCUCCUCGACAUCUCCCAGAAAGUAUCGAGUCUUCGAAAAAGCCUAGUCUCUCAAUCGCAGUCUGGCGCAGUCACGAUGAGUUCGAAGAAAGAAGAGAAUUCGAUUCAGGAGAAAAUUGAACAGCAAUACAAAAACCUUUCCGUGAAACUCUCUCAAUUAGAUGGCGAAAAUUAUACAACUCUAAAGCUAGUAAUUGAGCAUCUAACACGCGUGGCGAAAGAAGAGAAAUUCAACUUGAUGGGUCCAGAGAAUCUUGGAACUGUUUUUGGACCGACACUCAUGCGCGCUCCAGAUGAUAAGGGACCGAUGGGAUGUCUCAUCGACGUUCAAGAUCAGUCUCGUCUGGUAGAAAUCAUGAUCACUCAGUGCGACGUUUGCUUCCCAUCCUAA